GGGGCCCUGCCUUUCUCUUUCCACCAUCUUGGUCGCUGUGGAGGUGAGUGAGAUUCCUGCCGCUGAACUUUGGGAACAAAUAUUUAAGGCCUGCUGGGAACAGGACUUCUAAAAUAUGGCUGGAAGGCUAUGGUCCAAGGCCAUUUUUGCUGGCUACAAGCGGGGUCUCCGGAACCAGAGGGAGCAUACAGCUCUUCUUAAAAUUGAAGGUGUUUAUGCCCGAGAUGAAACAGAAUUCUAUCUAGGCAAGAGAUGUGCUUAUGUGUACAAAGCAAAGAACAACACAGUGACUCCUGGUGGCAAACCGAAUAAAACUAGAGUAAUCUGGGGAAAAGUGACACGUGCCCAUGGAAACAGUGGCAUGGUUCGCGCAAAAUUCCGAAGCAACCUUCCAGCUAAGGCCAUAGGACACAGAAUCCGUGUGGUAAGUACAGUCUUGGCAAUAUGGCACCAUGCUGAGUCAAACUAAGCUUAAAGAUUUGGG